AUGUCAGGAGUCGACUACUUAGAUGAUCUCCUGGAGGAGAUGAUCGUGGACCAUAAACAGCGACAUCCAGAGUCUUCACCAUCAAACUCAUUCUUAAAUCAAUCAGCGACAACAACUUCCACCGCCACGGCAAUGGCCAACGCCAACGCCUUGGCCAAUGCCAAUGUAGAGUCCAACGCCAACGCGAAUGGAAAUGCAUCGCCAAGCAGGAACAAUCAAUCACCAAAGAUGUCACGUGCCAAUAAUAAUAGGAUGUCAAAGAUAUCGAGCGAUCACUUUGAUUACCUGGAGACAUUACUAAGUGAUAUGUCGGCCAACGACCUAUCGCUGCCCAGCACUGAAGCGCAGACCGAUCAGCAGGUACAAGACUCGCGAAUCAAGCUACUGCGUCUGACCUCCACCUUUGACCUCGAGUCCACUCUGAUGGACCUCGAAUCUUUCUACUGGAAGUACUCCCAACAGGGAAAGCGUGUGCCAAGUAUGGCGCCACCGGGCGGUGCCGCCGCGCCUCCUCCUCUGGCCGGAAACAGACUGUCCACAAUGCAACAAACUUCCGCCCAACAGCAACAGGAGGUACCACUCUCAAGCUCACCAACACAGCGCGGAUUGAGCUCAUCGCAACAGAGAAGAUCAUCAAGCGACAGGACCGCACUCACAAAGGAGGCGAUUUCGGCCGCGGAUACCCUCGACCAGAUGAUCAGCUCUUUCGGCAACGAGUUGAUGAUGGACACCUCCAGCUCAGCGACCACCGAGUCUCCAAAGAGAUCGGGUAUUCCACAUAUCACAUCAGGCACGGCAACUGUCCGCCCAGCCUCCAAGCUGAAUGCCCCUGUGGACAUUGCCAUGGCAUCGCCCAAGGCACCAACGCCAAUCCCCACGCUGUCCGAAUACCCCCUGUCUCCAUCGGCCGUGCGCACAGCCGACAAUCUCCUCGACGAGAUGAUCACAUCGUUCAAGGAGAGCAACCAGGGUCUGAAGUUUGUCGAGCAGCCUAAGGACCGCCCCAAGCAGCCCUACCUCUCACAGCAGCACUACACACUGUCGCACGACGACAUGCGCCACCUGCAGCACUUGCAGAAGCAACAGCAGGCUGACGACGACCUCAUCGACAAGAUCCUAUGCGACAGCGACAUCGAGGAGAACUACAGACCCUCUGGUGGUAGUGGAGCCAACGGCGGCAACUCAAUGGCGGCAUCAAUCAAUGACAAACCAUGGCACAUCGAACAAGAGAUCAACAACAAGGAGGUCAUUGGCUAUGGCAACCACGGCAUGACAGCUCGCGCUGGCAUCCACAAAGAGAAGCGUAUAGUUGGCAAGUCCUGGACGUUCAUUACGCCACAGUGCACGCCACUCCUGUUCACAGAGAUUGAGACAUUAAUAUCAAUCAAACAUCCUAACGUGUUGCCAUUGAUUGGCGCAUCGAUGACUACGACAUUCAACACAUUCUCAGAGUAUGUCACUGGUAACAGCUUGGACAUCGUACUUAAGAAUGUGGACGAGAGGACUGAGAUAUCAUUCAUCAUUCGUGUGGCUGAGGAGAUAUCCUCUGCAAUGGCAUUCCUUCAUUCCUUUAACAUUGUCCACAGGAGUCUUCAUUCAAAGAAUGUUGUGCUCAACUCUGAUCUAAAGGUAUUCAUCAAGGAUUAUGGUCUGGCAGGACUAAAGGAUGAGACAAUCAGGAAGAAAUUGAUGAAUCCAAUCAACAAUACGAUGCUACACUCACAUUAUAUGGCACCGGAAUUGUUCCAUGUACUGGCUGGAGGCAAGGGUGGCUAUGAUACAAAGGUCGAUGUGUUCAGCUUUGGUGUGCUCCUCUGGGAGAUGUUUGCGCGCAACACCAAACUCAGCGAGCUAAAGAGUAGCAUCAACAAUGGAUACACAUCGUACGUGCGUCCAUCAUUGCCAAACUGUCCAUUUGCGAUUGACAAGCUGAUCAGACUAUGUCUCUCGAGCGAUCCUGCCGCCAGACCGUCAUUCCAGACGAUACUCAAGGUCCUGCGACAGCCGCUGCACACACUCCAGCGCUUCCAAAAGCCAGAGUCUCCCGGUGCCGUGUCUCCCAAGCUCUCAGACACACCCAGCAGCACACAGGUAGGCAGCAGUGGCGCCUCAGGCCUCGACAGCGAGAAGCGUGACAAGAUUCAGAAGAUCAUCAUCCUUUGCCGCGACCUCCAAUCAUCGCCCACCUUGUCCAAUCUGACACGUGCAAGCUCUGCCCUUGAGGCCUUGUGCAAGAGUGAAGGCAAUCUACCAUACCUCUACGAACACAGCGUAUUCUCACUGGUGUUCCAACUGCUCGCGACCAAGUUUGAGGAUGUCCAACUAUCUGCACUUCGUUCAAUUGGCAGUUUAAUCAAUGAUCGUGUGCUUUGUAGCCAGUUCAGGAACGUGAUGGGAGUCAACACUAUACUGCACAUGACUCAGGAGAAGUCGGAGAACAUACAGUUUGCAACGAUCAGGGUACUUCAGACUUUGUGCCACAGAGAGGAGAACAUACAGGAGAUUGUGGCCAAGGGUGGAGUACCAAUAAUGAUCCGCCAGUUAUCCUCACAGAAUGAGCUCAUACGUUUGCAGAUCGUCUGGUGUCUCACCAUGCUGCUGGAUUCUGCCGAGGCGCAGGACGAGUUCAUCAAAAUGGGUGGAGCCGACAUGCUUGUCGACAUGUUUGUCCAAUCCAAGAAUGAUGGAUUCGAUCUCCGUGUCGCCUCAUCUCUUUCCAGGGUCCUCUCAUCAAAAUACACACAGGACUUGAUCAACAAUGGACCACAUCGCGAGAGAGUGUUGGAGAAGUACAUAUCAUUGUUGGACUCUAAUAUUGAGACGUUGAAGAUGUUGGGUUUGGAGGCAGUUGCCAUGCUCAUUUCAAACAAUGCCAAUCAAGAGACUGUUGUAAGAGAUAACAAUGUGGUCCCGUUGCUACUUGAGUACUUGCAGCAGGACUACGUGCGCAUUGCACCACAGAUGACAGCCAUUAAGAUCAUACUGGUUCUGGCAUCCAACCCUGCCCACACUGCAUAUCUGGCCUCCUACGAUCUCAGACAGUCGCUGACCACCUUGGUAUCGUCGUCACCGCAUCCAUCCAUCCAAAAGGCAUCGGAAAAGAUUGUACAUCUCCUGUCCAAAUCAUCAAAGUAA